CCGUCAUGGUGUUCUCUCUUUCUCUCCCCUCCCCCGCAGACCGCACUGAGCGCCUUCUUCCAAGAGUCCAGUCACCCGUACAUCCCGCACCACCAAAUGAUGGGCACUCCUGCCAACACUCCUGCCACCCCUCCCAACUUUCCAGACACCCUGACUAUGUUUUCCCGCCUGAAAGCUUCAGAAAGCGGCUACCUCUCCUCGCUGGCCACGUCCCCGCCUCUCCAGCAGGGCAGCGCUCAUUUCUCUCACGAUCCAAGAGUGCAGCAAACGGGUAUGGGCUUCAACUGCCCCGGAGGUGCCCAGAACUCCAACGGCAGCCGAGGUGCGGAGGCGAAUCCAGCAGCGGAGGCCGAGAGAUGAGAUACGGAGGACAGCACGAAGGGGGCAGGAUGUGGCAUGUAGACUUCAUGUAGCCGGCUGAACUGCCAAAAAAGCCUUCCGAGUAUUGCUCCAUAGAGGCGCCCGGUAUCUCAUCCUUAGCAAUACUAAGCAGUGGCGGAGACCUUCUUUCGGAUAAUCUCUUUUUACCUCACUUGCCUGCAGAGCAUUGCACCAGCUCCAUCUUCCACCCUAACUAACACUCACUACAGAGCUGCCCGCUCUUCAGCCAUACCUCAUACUGUGCCGUAUGCUGGUGCCGAGUAUUUUCCAGGCCUCGAAGCCUUUGCGGAGCUUACCGAAAGCGGUGUAGGGAU